GGACCGCCGGGCAGCUUGAGGCUCCGAACUCUCCUCCCCUGCAGCCCCAGCCGGAGGCGCCGGAACCGCACAGACGCCGAAGGAGGCUCGUCCUGCCACCCCGGGAAGCAACCCCCCCCCCCGGCUGGCCCGCCAUCCAACUGACUCUCUCUCAUCCGGGGAAGACUCCCCCAUCGCCGACCCAGGGCGUGGGCCAGAGGACACAGCACCACCAGCCGCGACUAACCCAGAGCAGCAUCCUCACCUCACUAGGCGCGGAAGUUCCGGAAGCCCCCGCGACAAGCCCCCCAGCGCAGCCCUCGAGCCUCUUCCCAACUCCCCGGCGGCACCCGCUGCAGGCCGUCUGCGCCACUGCCUGAUGCUUCUCAGCUGUGUUUUUAAAAAAACUGUUACCGCACAGAGGCCUAACUCAAAUACUUGUAUCGUAUUAUGAUGAUAUAAUUUAAGUUAAUUUAAACCUGGCUUGACUUUUAUGCCGUCCCCGCUCGGCUACGAACAGGCGAAAGCUCAGGCCGCCUCUCGUGAGGUCCUCUCUCCCAGAAGCUCUCAGUCGCUCCUCCCCACUCCGAGCCCGCCUCUUCCCGUGGGCGGGGUUACCGGUCGGCGCGGCCGGGGUCGCGCCAGUGCGCAGCCGCGAGAGGGCGGUACCACGGCGGCUGCGACAUGGGGGGGCGCGGAGCAGACGCCGGAAGUAGCGGUGGUACAGGUCCCACCGAGGGGUACUCACCGCCGGCAGCGUCCACCCGCGCCGCGGCUAAAGCCAAGGCCCGAGGGGGUGGGCGUGGUGGCCGCCGGAACGCAACACCUUCUGUUCCCUCUUCUCGCGGAGCGGCGCCGCGUCGCUCCCCUCCACCGGCUGCCAUGAGCGAGCGCCUCCGCCCCAGGUGA